CCAAUUAACAUUUGAGUCACUUCGCAUCAUUAAUACCACAGUCUAACGAGGACCUCAUAGUGAGAACAAGACACAGAAAUGCACAGCUCUCCAAAUCACAAGUGACACCCCACGCCUUACCAGAGCAUAAUAGCAUCAUCACCCUGUAAUAAUUAACACCCUAGCAGUUCAUUAGUUCCUCGCCACUGAAGUUAAUAUGAUUCCACCUGUCAAACAGGAGUAUAUAGGAGUAGGAGUUUCAGAUAAUGCAUUUUUCCAUGAUAUAUUAUUGCAAAUGAAAGAAUUGAUAAGACUUCCAAUGCAGAAGUAACACCUUGGUGUGACCUUAUCAAACAUCUUUCCUACUGGGUCUGGGAGUCCCUUCUCAUGCACAAAUGUCUCUUCACCCUUUACCCCUUCUACACCCACACACCAACACCACUACCUCCACUGUGCUUCGUGGUUAUAUUUUGACCAAUUGUGCUCUCUAAUCAACCGCAGGAUCCCACCUUUGAUGCCUAUAAAAGCCUAUCAUCCUCAAACCCCUCUAAAAGGCAGUGUUUUACAGUGUUGAAAGUAUGUUCUCUCUGUUACGGGUGUUUGUGGUGACUCUGUCCAUGUCUCUGCUGCUUUGCGGCGUCAGUUCGGCACCAAGAGGAGACCUGCUGCUCCAGCUGCUCCAAUCAGAAGUGGAUCCCAAGGAGAAUGAGCUCCAGGAUCUCUCUCGCUUGCUGCUUCUGAAGCAGCUUUCUGAGUCGGUGGCACCUGAGGAGAAAGAAGCUCUUGAAAGCAUUGAUGAUCUUGAGGUCCGUAAUGAAGUGGUUCGCCAGAUUCCCCUCUCCCAACGAGAACGCAAAGCAGGCUGCAGGAAUUUCUACUGGAAGACCUUCACCUCUUGUUAGUCAACCUGCAAGACCCUUACAAACAUUGUUGUACUUGUGUAGCCAUCAAAAUAACAAUGAGACCAGGAAUAUUAUCCCAGUAUAGAGAGAGAUUAACUCUUGACGUUUAUGCAGUGUAUGCUAUAAAAUGUUUGUAUUAUGGGUACUAUUAGAAUUGAUGGUCAGAGAUCAUAUGAUUAAUGUUUAAAACCUUGAUAUAGAGGUUUUUGUGUUGACCUGUCAACAGUGUCAUUGGAUUGAUCGCUAUUCCUCUGUAAUAAAGUGUGAUCAGGGAAAGCAUG